UUCAUUAAAAAUAACCUCUGGAAAACAUGAUAGAUGGCAUGAUGUUGUUUCUAGAGAUUAAGAUUAUUAAUGUGGCAGUAUGUUUUCAUAAAAUGAUGUGAAAAUAGACUCAAAAUGAAAACUACAGGUGAGAGGCUAUUGCUUGAAUAAAAUUGGAGAAGACCUGACCUGCUUUGAUUCGACUAUGGAACGGGAAAAGGAUCUAAGGCGCAGCCAGUCUUUGAAGAGUCUCCCCUCGCAGUCUGACAAGGCGAUCUGGACAGAUGCAGGACUGCAGGACAGGACGAUAUCUGUGUCCCAGUUAGUGGCCAGGUAUCAAACUACAGUGAAAAAAAGGACAUCAAGUCAACCUGCGCCAGAGAAUAAUGUUGAAGGAAAUGCAAAGAAACCACUAAUGGAGAUGACUCCAUCUCCCCUGAACAGCAGAGAGACUCAUCUGGAGUCCCUUCUGAAGAGAAAUGAAGAGCGGGAGAGAGUUCGGGCCACAGCCACCCUGACCCGCAGUAAAUCAGUGGGUAGCCUCCAAAACAGCACUGGGUCCAUAGAGGCCUUGAAGGCUCUUUUUGAGUUGAAGACAACGGCAAAGCUGAAACCAAAGAGCAGUUUUAGAACUGGAAACGUAGCAUUAGGUUACGCUGUGGAUGAGCCAGUGAUGAAUGGAGAGACUGAGGAUGUGCAGAGUGCUACAGAGGAGCAGAAAAAACCUGCUGAAAAGAAAACUAAAAAGGAGCCAAAAGAUGAUUUUCUGACUCAAAAGGUGGUGAAUCAGACCCAGACAGAGAGGAACAAAACAAUAGCGGGCAUUGAUUUUGAAAAGCUUGCAGCAUCUGAAGCUGAUGAAAAGAGGAGGUCAGCUGCUGACUUCAGAGACAGCUCUUUCAUCCAAACCACAGAGAUACCGUCUGUCUCGGUCAAAGCUAUGUCUGCUCUCUAUAUGUCAAAAGUGGCAAAUAAGGAAUCACCAGACAGGCCUUCUAAAGUGGAAAAGGAUCAAGCUCAACCACGAGAUUUGGGAAAGUGGACCACGCUAACUAAGAUGGAUGAAGACUCUGAACAAAGAAAAGAUGACUAUCCACCACAGCCCCCAGAAGAGCCUGAAAAGGGACUUGAAGACAUUGCUGACGGACAUUCUGAACAGUUGAUGUCUUCCCAACUUGCCAGAGAAAAGUUAUUCCAACAACGACAGAAAAACGAGCUGAGACGGCUCCUAAAACAUACCUGCCCAGAGAUAAAGAUGCUGGAUGAUGUUGUGAAUGAGGAGUUUGCUGAAGUGUUGAGCUCUAAAUCAGAGUCUGGUGGGGAGACCGGAUAUGAGGGAGAGGUUCUUUCAAGAUGCUUGAUAUUUGAAAACCGUGGCAGCAGCUACAGCAGCCCAAAGACCUGUGUAGAAGAGGGAGCUGUGGAAAGACAGGAUUAUCGGAAAAUAUCAGCGGUUUUGGAAGGGCUAAAAGAUGAGCCUUGCACUAAGAGUUGUGAAGGGAUGAUGAUAAGUGAUAAAUCUCCUGACUUAACAUUAAAUUAUAAUAAAGAAGUAGAGGAACAGAUAACAAAAAUAGAUGUUAAAGCUACAAGAAAGGUAUUUGAGAAUAAGUGUUCAAGCACCGUAAAGCCAGAUGAGAAUCAGAGGAAUGUUACUAUGGUUUUGAACAAACCAUCUGAAAUAUCUUCUGCUGAUAGCAUACAAGGCGAUAACAAAAGUGGGGAUAAGAAUUUAGAAGAACAAAAGCUGUGUGCUAGUGCUGUUGGUAAAAGUACAGAAUAUGACAUUUCUUGCAGAGAGGCAUUUCCCUGUAAUGAUUUCCCACUUGAGGGAAGUUUCAUAAGUUGUACUGAAUCAGAAAGAAAAAGAGAAAUAAUAAAAACAAAUGCAGCACUUUUCCAAAAUAACCCCUUUAUUUCCUUUAACAUUGAAAGAGAGAAUUUUUUAAGCCAUCCAUCAAAAACUCAAAAUCAAAGCAUUGUAGCAAGUGAAGACUAUCCGAUUGCCAACGUAAAGAACAGAACACAUCUGUUUGAAUCGAUGCCAUUUGAUAAAAUUAGACAUCAGAAUCAGGAUGAAAUUGAGACACUGGUGGAAAAUAUCAAAGAAACGUUAAAUUUCCUCUACCACGUGAAAGCCAUUCACUCAGAUGGGGUAAUUAUUGAGGUUAACGAGACAAUGAUCGCUAAAAAGGCACAGUUCCUAAUAUCAGGCAGGGGACCUGAGAUAAAAUACGAUAAGGUGGCUGAAGGUGGUGCACAAAAUUUUAUAGUCCAGCUGCUACCGCGGGUAAACCUAAAACCUCAGAUAAUUUACCUUAAGGAAGAUAAUAAAGGAUUUAUGGAGGCCACAGUGGUGGAUGCACUGGCUCACCAGCAUAGAUUCAGUGCAAACAAAGACGCUGAGUUAAAAACUGCCAAUGUAGUACAGUUGGUUGAGGAUAUCCUCAUUCAGGACAACUCCCUGAGAAAAGGGGUAAUCAUUCAAGAAGAUGCCAGAAACGGUGCAAAAGUCAUUGUUUAUUCCCUCUACAAAUACUUUGAUGAAGAAGACGUGAAGAGCUACAGCCCUCCAAACAGUGCAGAUCAUGAUGAACCUGAGGCAGAAACAGUCCCAGUUUCAAAGAGCAUCCAAGACCAAUCCAGGUCAGGGUCAAUUAGGGCCAAUGUCAAAUUGUUCAAAACUUGCAUCGAAAAGGGUGACCUGGGAUAUUUAAGAUCACUUCAUGAUGAUGAACAAACCAUUCACAAUACUGAACAUAGUCAAAGUGAAGUAGCUGUCAGGCUGGAUGAUGAAUCUCAUCAUCACCAUAUAAGUAAUCCAACUGAAGAGUGUAUCCAAGUGGAUGUAAAAAAACUAAAAGGCAUGUUCUCUGAAGGAACAAGUCCUAAUCGUAGUAAAUGUGUCAAAUCUUCUGCAGUGACAUCUGGAAAAAGUCAAUCUCCUAUAGAAUGCAAUACAGGAGCAUUCUUGUUUCCACAGUCCAACAAUAGUUUUAAUGCUUGCUUUGGUCAAGGGCUUAAAGAAGUUCUGGCAAAUUCUGAACAUCAAAAUCAAAACAGAGUUCAACAAGGUAAAAUGGCAGAAGCCUACACAGAAGAACUGUGUGAAAUACCCACUGUAACACUGUCAGGAGCAGAAGCAGAAUCAGCUCAAGAAAUUUCAAGCACAAAAGUGGAAUCAUGCUUAGAAAAAAGUAAUAAAUCUCCAUUAGUUGAAGGAAUUUUCUCAGCACCUGAAUCAGACUGGUUACCCAAAAACACAGAAACAGUCAGUGAAGAGGCCAGUUCUAAGAACGAGCACACCUCCGAAACAUGCAACAAAAUUAAUGAAGGAUUUAGAGAAUUAGCUAAAAAUGAAAACGUUAAAAUUUCUUUGGUUCCUGAACAAAUUUCAGAAGCAAAACCUGAACAACAAGAAGAAGUUUGUUGUCAGGGCACAAUACAAGCAGCUUUGGAUUCCUUGGAGAAGUCUAAUAUCAAUGUGACAAGAGGAGACAUCAGGGCAGCUAUGAUAUACAGACAGUCCAACAAAUCUUAUCAGAAAAACUCGCAAAGUUAUGUUCAAAAGCACAGUACUACAGACUUUUGCUUUUUGGCUGAGCCUAAAUCAAAUCAAGAACAACAAAAGCCAGAAACACCCAACCAAGAAGUAACAGUGGCAAAUGUGGAGCCUCCACACCUAACAACAGCAAAUACUGAGCCUCUACACCUAACUAAAGACCCACUACACCUACCCAUGACUGCAUCAAAUGCAGAGCCUUCUCACCCCUCUGUAUCACCACUAAACCUAAAAGUGACUCUGUUAGAUGCAGAACCUCCACACCCAACUAAAGAACCACUAAACGUAGAUGUGAAUGUAAUGAAUGCAGAGCCUCCACACCCAGCUAGAGAAGCACUGAAGCAAAAAGUAAUUGUGACAAAUUUGGAGCCUCUGCACCCAGCUGAAGGACUGAUGGACAUACAAGUGACUGUGUCAAAUGCAGAGCCUCCAUGCCCAACUACAGAACCACUCAACCAAGAAGUAACUGUGGCAAAUGUGGAGCCUUCACACCCAACUAAAGAACUAUUAAACCUAGAAGUGACUUUGUCAGAGGCAGAGUUUCCACACCCAACCAAAGAAACACUAAACCUAAAAGAGACUGUAGUGAAUGCAGAGUAUCCACACCCAUCUAAAGAACUGCUAAACCAAGAAAUGACUGUGGCAAAUGUGGAGCCUCCAUGUCCAACUAAAAUGCUGCUCAACCAAGAAGCCACUGUUGCACAUGUGGAGCCUUCACACCCACCUAAAGAACCAUUAAACCUAGAAGUGGCUGUGCCAGAUGCAGAGCCUCCACACCCACCAAAAAAGCCACUCAACCAUGAAGCAGCAAUGGCAAAUCUCAAGCCUCUACAUCCAACUGAAGAUCCAGUAAAGCUGCAAGUGAAUGUGGCAAAUGCAGAGCCUCCAUGCCUAACUAAAGGAUUACUAAACCAAGACGUAAAUGUGGCAAAUGCAGAGCCCCCACAUCCAAUCAAAACCCAUAACAGGCCUUCUCAGGGUGUUGUGUCAACAAAAAGCAAAAGAAUCACUGGCCCCAAACCACCAAUUCCACCUAAACCUGAACAUUUGAAAGAGAAACAAGAAGUAAGUCAGCCAUCUGCUAGUAGGCAUCCAGAGGAACACAAAAUUAGUACUAUGGGAACUGAAGAAAUGUUCUGUCAGGUUUCCCAGCCAUCAGUAACAACAUUGUUCUUAGGUCAAGAAGACACUACCAAUAAGUCAGUGGAUCAUCAUGAAAACUACAAUUUAGACAAAUCUACGAAGAUGUUGCAACAAAUAAAAGGGAAGUCUGACAUACAAUGUUUGACUAUGCUCUUAGAGAGUAAUGAAACAGAUAUAAGAAAAAUAAAUGAACAACAAAAGAUUGAAACCAUAGAAAAGAAAGAUAUGUCUGAAAGCGCAUUCGUACAUGACAUAAUAUCUGAAACAGAUGAAACCCAUAUAAAUUUCCAUGAGGCCCGGCAAAAAUUCACCGGCAAAGUUGUGUCAUCAAAAAAGACGGCCCCUGUAAAGCCAAAACGAGUAAAACAUGUUCAGUCCUGUGACAAAACCCAAAAACACUUAACAGGAGAAUGCACUACAGAUGGCACUGUCCACAUUGGAGCUGAUCCAUCAUCCAGCAACUGUGAAAUAACUGCUGACAGUGCAGAUAGGCAUUACAAGGACGCAAAGCAAGACAUCAAAGUUGAGAUGAGGGAAAAGAAAGCAAGAAUGGAAACAGAUGAUGAACGCAGACAGCGACUGUCCAUACACAUGGAUGAGAUUGUCAGAGGAAACGUAACUGCGGCAAUGGAAAUCUUUGAACACUUGAGAAAGCAAGAGCAACUGCAAAGCAUUCUGAGUCGUGUAGAAGAAAUUGAAAGCGACACGAGUGAGGUUGAUGUGACAUCUCUCAGGAGAGUAUUUGAGAACUUCCCUGACUGGAUUGUCAAUACAGACAAAACAGGACGAAAGAAGGUCAAAGCAGAAAAUAAAGACAAAGUGAUACAGUCGUCAGCAGACAAAAAACAUUGCAAGUCCUCAAUGGAGCAUGUUUAUGGAGAUCUUGAGCGUGCUAGUGAGGAAAUAAUAAAUCUUAAAGAGCAGACUCUUGCUAGACUUAAGGAUAUAGAGGACACCAUUAAGAAAGCACUUCUUUCUGUUUCUUCACUAAAAUCUGACUCAGAUAUUGCAAAUUUAUCAAAUCUGCUCAAAGAAUCCCUGGGGGUUGUGCAAGAAUCUCCCCAUUCUAGUAAAAUAAGCAAAACUGAUUUAAGCAGAACCAAACCACAGCAAUCAGAAGAAAGUUAUUUUCCACAAAGAAGCAGCUCUACAGGCACUGCAGCAGCUCCUACCACAGAUCAGUUUUCUACAAAGCAACAGCAAAGCCCUCCAUCUUCACCUGCAUUCAUUUCUAUUCAGUCAGCAGCAAGAAAAACAGAUAAAACAGACGCUGUGCCACCAGAAACUUUAAUCUGUAUGAAGUGUCAGUUGAGCCCGAGGCCAGAAGGAAAAUUCAGAACCACAAAGACAGUGAUGUGCAACAGCCCCACUCAAGGUAAAAAAGUAAAACCCAAGAAAGGAGAAGGACAGCAAACUUCUAACAGCCAACAAAAUCGAGAGCUUAGUGUGCUCCAGGUACAAACUGACAGCGAAGGGAACAGCAUCAGAGGGACAGCAGUGGAAAACUAUGAGAGGACAGAUGACUCUGAUAACAGGUCUUAGACAUCCAAAGCCUCUGCUCUUGUUGCUACUCAGCCAGAAAGCAAAACAAGUCAGGCUGUAAUCCAGAGGUUCAGCAGCCAGUAAAUCAGGUUAAUGAUUUGGGUAUCUGGACAGAUAAGUGUUUGUCUUUCAUGUUCUCACAACAUGUUCAUUAUCUACUAAGUACUUAUUUGAGUGCUAAAUAGAAUGAUCUUUUAUAAGUUUAUUGCUGAAGGUAUUUCUUAGGUUUUUAACUGUUGCUACUUCAGCAUUACGUCACUUGGUUUUUGCUCUACUUUGCAUUUGAAUUUUAGUACUUUUUACAUUUCUAUCAGCAACUUUCUAAUAAAUUCUUUUUGUGAAAAUCCUUCUUGAGCUUGAAGUAAACCUAGUCUCAUUUUUCU